AUGACACCAGGUACUACAUACACACUGUAUGUGACAACAGGUACGGCGGUCACUGUGCAAAAGACACCGGGCACGGCGCACACAUCGCCAGCUCCUCCUCCUCCCGGCUCGGGAGAAAAGCGCGAGGGGAGACUGCAAGUGAAAGUCCGGGUCCCGGCGCCCCCCCUCGUCCCAGCCGCGUCCUCAGCAGCCUCUCCCCGGAGCUCUGGGUGGGAGGAGGGCGGCGGACCCCACAGGACUGUCCCGGAGGUCCGCGAGGACCUGUUGAGGCGGCGGCCUCGCUGCCGGGGUCGCUCACAGCCCCGGGGGACCGACGAAUCUCCGCCCCGGGCCUCGGGGCCAGCCCUGCCCGCCGCUCCCGGGCUAGCACACGACGUGCCGCGCCGACAAACGCUUCCUCUCCGCCCGCCACACGCCCGGAGCCGCGUUCCCCGCCGGCCCGGACUGCGCACGGGCCCAGGAGGCCUGACCGAAAGCGGGGCACGGGGCCCGGCGGGCGGUGCUCACGCGACUCCGCGGCUUCCCGGCCCGAGCAGGCCCCGCGCGGUCCUCCGGGGCCUCAUCCCGGGGCCUCCUCCGCGGCCGCCCAAGGCGAGUGGGCGCGGGCCGGCAGCCUCCGCAGGCCCCGCCGCCGCCCUCGCAGGCCCCGCCGGCCCGGCCCGCCCCGCCAUCCACAAAGCUCCCCGGCAGCUCGGAGCUCUUCGCGAGCGGGCGAGCGACCGUCAGCACCCACUGGUGCCGCCGCCGCCCCAGAGGCCGCGGCCAGGCAGGCUCCACCGCGCGGGCCGCGCCAUCUCCACGGACGCCCCCGCCCGCCCCGCCGCCCCGCCGCCCCGCCGCCGAGCUUUCCCCACCAUUAUGCUCCGGCUCCUCCACCGCCGCCGCCGCCGCCGCGCCCGGCCCUCCCCUCCGGUGCCGCCUCCUUCCCGCCGCCCGGCGCCUCUCGGGCCUGAGCCGGCUACGGGCGCGGGGGGCGGGGGGGACGCUCAGGCCGCCUCCUCCUCCUCCCUGCCGGCCUCCUCCCUCCUCCCCGGCUCCCCCCCGCCCGGACCCCGCCGCCGGCUCCGCGCGAAGGGCUCCGGGCUCGAGGGGCGCCAUGUUUGUAAUACUCCACCUCAGAGAACGCCGCGGUCGCGCCUGAGCGAGGGAGGCUAGGCGGCCGGGUCGCCGCGUGCGGGGUGAGGGCCGGGAGGGCACCGCCGCCCGCACUUACUCGCGUCUCCCCCUGGCGCCGCAGGCCUGCGGGGCCGGAGCGGGCGGCGGGAAGUUGGGCGCCGCCGCCCGGGAAAGUUGGGUCCCCGCGAGGCCGCGGCAGCCGCUCACAUGGCGAUGCUGCGCGGGGCGGCCGCUCGGCCCCACCGGCCCCUCGGCCCGCCCGCCCUCGGAGUUUAUUGUGUCGGGUCGAGGCGCCCCGCGGCCGGGCCGCGCACUGGGGGCUCUAGCGGCUGGCGCCGGACUUGCGCGCGGCCGGCCCGGCUCGCGGCCGCCUCCCGCCCGGGGCCGGAGCCGUGCACGCGGCUCCUACCUUCCCCACGUCCUGUCUUCGGCGCCUCUAUCCGAAAUUUGUUGGAGCAUAUUCCUCUGUCUCCACACAUGCACUCCGUAUCCACACACACGUGAAGGCUACGUACGUGCAGGCGCGCUGGAGCCGGGAGCGGGCGCCGAGGCCGGGGCGCGAGGGGGCAUUGUCAGGCGCCGCCGCAGCUCAGCCCCGGGUGGACCCGGUGCCUGCCCCUGGCUCGCGGGGUCCGGAACAGCGAAGUCUGAGAAGUACGAGUGCUUCUCUUAACAACAUUGUUUAGGUAGUCUGAACAGCCCUUUACUCCUGUCAUCAAAAAGAGUGGUAGGGAUACGCUAAGUUCCCCGUUUCAUCUCUGCGCAAACAGGACUGCGAAAAGAACAGGACCACCCAUCAGCAGCCCUGCAAGAACACUGCAGAUUUGCGCGAGAAGUAGGUUAUCUUCUAUGGAGAGGAAUUCUAGACCUAAUCAGAGACGAUCCCUUAAAACUGUGGUUUCAGAAAGGUUCGGAGAUAAGCAUACUUUGAUAGCGUUCACCUGUUUUCCCUGAGGACCUUUCGCCACUGGGAGUCGGGGAACACCUGUCAGUCAGAGUCCUCUGCUCUGAAAUUCGGUGCAGUAUUGAGAUAAAGUCAAAGAAAAGUUGGAGGCCAGUCAUGGUGGUGCGCAUCUGUGGUCCCAGCUACUCUGGAGGCUGAGGCAGGAGGAUUGCUCAAGCACAGGAGUUUGAGGCUGCAGUGAGCCAUGAUUGUGCCACUGCACUCCAGCCUGGGCAACAGAGCAAGACCCAGUCUCAAAAAACAAACCAAAAAAAAAAAAAAGGAGAAGAAAGAAAAGCUUCAGAGGGCACAACUUCCUUUUUUCUUCUAAUGUAACUGCACUGAGAAUUUCAAGCACAGGAAGUUCUACAUCCUCAACUACCAUGCGUAGAAAGCAAAACAUAGAAAGCGACGCGUUUCUUUCCGCAUCGUCACCUUCCUCCUUCCAUCAGUCAGUCCGCAGUCCCUCUUCUCCAGUGAAGCCUGGUGUUAAUUUUCCACACACAGUGUUAUUCAGGGGCUGGUUAUCCUUUCUUAUUUGUAUUCAUUUGUUUUUCUAUACCUAUUUUGAAAAUUCAUACAGAAUAUAGGCAAAGAAGCUAAAAGAAAAAGUGAAACUCAGCACAUUUUUAAUUUUUUAUUAGUAAUUGCAUUUUUAAAAAAGGACAGUUGCUGGAAGAGAAGGUAAUUGAAUAUAGAUUACAACAAGAUUUAGGGACAAUUAUAGAAUUUCUUGUAUAUUUACUAAUAAUUGAAUGCUAAUUGUCUUUUAUGUAAAUGGCAUUUUAUGCCAGCAAGAUGUUUUAUAUAUAUAUAUACACACACGCGCGAUAGAGCGAUGGCUAAAUAGUGAUUUAUUCCUAUGAUAGGAUUUAUGUAACUAUUAAAGAAGUUGUUUAUAAAAGUCUUUUUUAAUGUUAAGUGUGAAACUAGGAUUAGGAAAGACGUUAAAGAAAAGGAUCAUAUAGUGUAAAAAUAAACAUGUAUAUUAGUAGAAAAAGACCACAAAGUGUUAUGAAAAAAUACCAACUAUGUUAAUCUCUGGCAAAUAAAAGUAUUUGUGUUUUA